AUGCAGAUAGAGCGGGGAACCACCGCCCUCUACGUUUCCUCAAAUGACGAUCCAUUUAUACGCUCGCGUCUCCAAAAGUUGUACCAAGACACAGAUUCCGCAAUAAACAAUCUGUCUAAAUGGAUCAGCAUCGGCUCAAAGGAAUUUUUCCAGACAAAGUUUAGUUUUCAGCGACAUAUCAGCGAGUUCAGAUCGUACCUCAACCCACGUAACGUUACGCUUAGUGAGGUGAUAAACUUCUACAGCGACGACAACGGGGCCUUUAUCGCCAUGAUAGGACGGAGUUUGAACCUGCGGAAGCCAUUCGCUUUCUGGGUGGACCUUGCGUCCUAUCAGAACCUGAUCAUCAGCAAGGAACAAGCGGGGAUAGAGAGAGCUCUUGGUAGCACAUUCUUCGCUAGAGGUCAACUUCCGGACACUGAUCACCAGUGGUACAUCGAGAAGCGUGUGCUGGGUGCCUACUUUCUGCAGCAGAGCCGCAUAUACUCCGAAUUUACUGACUCGAACAUCGACUCCCUUUUCGAAGGUACCGAUCUGCAUACACGAAUUGUAUCGAUGCAACAGCAGAUAAUAGACAACCAAGCAGUGGCGCCAUCUAUUGAGGUAGGGAAAGUUUGGUUUGACAACAUGACGGAAUACAUCGAUAUCCUGAAAAGUGUCCAGACUAGGCUUGCCAAUAACAUUGUUCAGGCAGCUGCAGAUGAAAACUCUUCAUUACUAGAAGCGAUGACGAUUAGCGCCGUUCAGUUUACCAUUGGCAUUGUGAUAGUGCCAGUUGUAAUUAUCCUAGUCCGUAACAUAAUCAAACUUAUCAAAAAGAUCAAGAACUUCUCGCAAGAUCUGCAAGAAAAAACGUGCGAGCUAGAGGCGGAAAAACAACGAACGGAAGAGCUUUUGUACCAGCUCCUUCCGAGAUCGAUUGCUAAGCAACUGAUGACUGACGGGAGCACGUUACCAGAGUCAUAUCUUUCCGCGACCAUUAUGUUUUCAGAUGUUGUUGGAUUCACUGCCAUUUCGAGUUCGAUAACACCGAUGCAAGUGGUGAACUUGUUGAACAGCCUCUACAUGACCAUUGACAACAGGCUCAAAGAUUUCGAUGUUUACAAAGUUGAGACCAUAGGGGAUGGAUACAUGGUUGCGUCUGGUCUACCAAACAGAAAUGGCGAAAAACAUGUGGCAGAAAUAGCAAGAUUGUCUCUAGAUUUAUUGAAAACUAUGCAGGAACAGCAGAUGCCACACCUACCGGACCAGAAGAUCUGCUUGAGAUUGGGUUUCAACACUGGGCCAGUGGCGGCAGGCGUAGUGGGAGUGAAGAUGCCGCGCUAUUGUAUAUUCGGUGACACGGUAAACACUGCAUCGCGAAUGGAGUCAACAGGAUUACCGUCGCGAAUACAGAUGACAGAGUCGUCUGCUGAGAACCUCAUGCAAAUCGGAGGGUUCAUCGUUUUAGAGAGAGGCACUGUUAAGGUCAAGUUGCAGAUGGAGGAAGAUUCUGCUUUGCUACAGCAGUUUGGUUUGAAUGUGAGAGGAUCUUUGAAAUCUGUUUUGAUUGAUCCGUGUUUAUCCCACUAUAGUUAUUUAGACUAUUGA